AUGGAGGAGAAGGCGAGUUCCUCUUCCAGUAACUCGUACUUUCAUUACCAAGGCAUCAGCACUCUGCUUAUUCAUGACCGAACAAGGAACAAUGUCCACGGAGCAUUCACUCCCCUUCCUCCUCCCCCCCCUCAAAACCCUCUCCCUGAUGACCCAGCUCCGACCACUACAUCGGGGGUGACCCAUCUCUCCCUCCCCGGAGACUCUUCGCGCCUGUUUGGGAUCAUGACAAGUGCAGAGGGCCCGUCUCUGUUUCGGAAAUUACUCAGUCGAUCGAGCCAGCAGGUUCUGCUUUCUAUCGGAAGAACGGUGACCUCGGACCGCACCUCCUUCCUCGCCCUUGCGACCCAUCCGACUGGUUCAAUCACCGUACUGUCGCUCCUCCAAAGCUCUGUCGAGGUCGACAACCUCAUCUUUUCCGCAGUCUGCGACAAUUUUUUCGACCUAAUGAUCAGCAAGCACGGUCACAACAUGAUCAUCCCGACCUUAAGAGCCGUCGACAGAUCCAAGAAGGAGAUCCUCUACGCCAUGGCUGUUGACUACACUCUGAACCUUGCCACGCAAGAAAUAGGCUGCGUCGCCCUAAACGAGUUCCUCCAAGAGAUGCGAGGCGUCCACAGGAACCGUUUCUUCGAGGUCGUAGCCAUGAAUGCCACGUGGCUUGCUCAGGACCCGCACGGGAACUUUGUCGUGCAGCACGUGCUGACCCUUGAGAACCCGUCUGCGACCGGCCGGAUCGCGACCAAACUGAAGGGGAGUUUCGGCCGUUUGUCCGUUCAGAGACUAGGGAGCUAUGUGGUGGAGAAGUGCCUGAGAUCACCGUACGGGAGGGAACAGGUUUUGGAGGAGCUGAGGGAGAGGAGCGACCAGUGGAUCAGAGUGGCGAAGGAUCAGUACGGAAACUUCGUGGCGCAGAGCACGUUGAAGAUUCUGAAAGAGAUGAAGUCUCCGCUGUAUGAGGAGCUGGUGAACAUGUUGAAGCCUCACUUCCAGGAGAUGAAUCUUGGGUACGGCAGAAGGACGUUGGAUACUAUUGCAAAACUUGGGGUUCCGUAG